CUUUGGGAAUGUUGUUCGGGCAGACGCGGACCAGGCGGUAAAAUGGCGCCGAAGCACACCGAAGCACACCCCCCUCCACCACGCUCCUGGCGGAUUACCUACCUAUCCUUCUCCAGGUUCGCUGCGAGUUUCCAUCCUCCCGUGGCCUCGGCGCGCCCCUCCCUCCCCUCUCUCUUUACACGCGGGGUACCCAGCGAUCGCCCGGCCGCAAAGGACCCUGAUGCACCGAGCCCGCUGUAACCCGACUUACAUUCCGUAGAUAGGCAGGGACGCACAACGUGCCUCUACGGAUGACAUCUGGUCAGCAUCAGCCACAGACGAGGUUCCAUACAUGAUACGACGGGAUCAAUGCCUGUGCCGCCAUUUGGAGCAAGUCCAGGAGGGUAAAACACACGUCUUUGCUGGUGGAAAAGUCGGGGUACUGCUGACGGGAAGCAUUGUGGCACAGCUCCAGUAGGAGAAAGUGCCAUGUCGUGCGUCUUCGGUCCCUCGAUCUGGGCUCCGCACUGGCGGGAGAUGCGGCUACGGG